AUGCGGCGUACGCGACUACCGCGAAUGUACCUGCCGAGGGCUCCCAAGAAGGACCCGAACGCGCACCCACUGCAGGUGCAAAACUCGCAGCAUUUCCUGCGCACGGCCGGCAUCGGCGCGAUAUUGACGGUGGUUCUGUCGGUCUUCUUGGCGCUCCGCCAAGUGCAACAGCGAAGUCGCUUGUCGGAGAAGGAGCUGCUACGCAAGCGAAAUGGGCAGCGCGUCGUCAUUAUCGGAGGUGGCGCUGGGGGGUCCGCGUUGGCGACGCUCCUGGCAAAUUCCGCGCCAGACUUGAAGAUCACGGUGAUUGAGAAGGAUAAGCAGCAGGUCUUCCUGGGACAUGUCCCCCUCGCCCACGUCGGCCAUCGCAGCUACGACAUCGCCACGUCGACAGGCGUGGACAUCGUCCGCUCCCCUGCGGCGUGGAACGUGACCCGGGACGCCAACCUCGUUGCUGCGGAGGUGCUGCGUGUAGACCCAGAUGCAAAGAAGGUUUUCGUGCGCACCACCAAAGCCAUGUUGGCCGCCGCAACCGUUCCCAGCGCAGACAACGCAAGCGAGCGCCACCCACGUUGGGGGAUCGACCUCCUGCGUCGCUGCUGGCCCAGUCUCCGUCUGCAGGUGUCGACCGUCUCGGUCAACGACAACGGCAGCACCAACCUCUCGGACGGCACAACGGUCUUUUCGUACGAUGCGUUGGUGGUCGCCGCCGGUGCGCACCGCUCGCUUGGGAGCUUGGCGGGCCAGGUGCAGCCGGGUCAGUUGGACACCCACCGCAUCGCCGUCAACCCCGGUACAACGCGAGACAACCUGGUGAACCUCUUCUCGGGCAAUGUGCUGCACGUGAAAGUGCCACCUGCCUCGUUUGUGCUGCAGAUGGAGGCGGCGCGUGCGUUGACAACAACACCGCACGCGGCGUCAGGCAGCGGUGUGCCGAGCCUGGACCUGGGUGCGGCCAUCAGUCCAGCGGUGCGUACGCCGCCGCCGAAGGCAGCUCCUUCAACCAGGCCCUCCUCCGCAGAAACACGCACAUUUUCUAUGCCCACCUCGCCGGCCAGCUUUUUUGACACGUUGCGCGCCGCGGUCGCCUCACCUGAAGCGGUUGCCGCCCCGCUCAUCCCAGACGAAGUGGCUGAGCGUCUGCGCCCUGUGUCCGGCGUGGCCACCACGGUCUCUCCGUUGGACACACUGGCGCAGUGGUGCAUGCACUACAGCAGCCGCCAGCAUGACAGCACCUUUGUGUCAAGCGUCAACACCAUCUGGAAGUACCUCCACUACUACAACAAACUUGGCCUUUGCCACUACAUGGUGGCGACAGCUGAUCCACAGCCGAUAGGAUCAGCACCGCGAGCGGUGAAUGAGGUCAUCGAGAAGUUCUGGCGAGAGCGGCAGCUGGCGUGCCAGCAGCACAGCGGCGGUGUUGCAGAGCGUUUCCAUCUCCUCUUUCACAGCUACUUGGCCACUGUAGAUACCGCAGCCAACGUGGCGACGUUGUACGACUACAGGAAUAAUGCAGAGGUGCGCGUGCCGUACAACUUACUGGUGCUCGACCUCCCGCUCUGCGCACCGUCGUUUGUGCGCCAGAGCGGUCUGCAUCGCACGCGCUACGUAGACGAGUGCGUGAUGCCCGCGCUGCGGCGCGGCAUAGACGAGGUCGCGGCGCAGCAGCUGCGCAGGCAUCCGCUUCUUCGCAAAACAAAGAAGGAGCUGGAGGCGUUCUUCGCCGACGAGGCGUCGUUCAUGGACGUGGACCACGAAACGUUGCAGCACCGCUGUUACGCAGAGAUCUUUGCGCUUGGCGACGUGGCUGGUGUUCCGUCAUUGAAGAGUUACGGCGCCGUGUCUGCCCAAGUUCCUGUCGUCGCCCACAACGUUCAACAAGUGCUGGCCAGUCAGAGAGCGCAGGCUCAGCAGGACCGAUACUUGGCGGAGCUGCCACGCAGCGAUCCUUCUGCGGUGGCACCGGCGCCGGUGCUGCCAAAAGCGAAUGCCAAGUACACAGGCUACUCCUCGUUUCACGUGGUGAUGACCACCUGGCGGGCGAUGUGGCCGGAGAUGUGCUAUGAUAAGCCACAGACGGAGCUGCGGGGCUGCUCGCAAUCGUCGUCGCCGGCCGACAUGGCGGAGGCCGCUACCAAGCGGGGGCUGGAUGUGGUCGCCCCUCUCACGCACUGCGAUCAUCACCUGUGGAACAACCUUGCCUGGCGGGACCUGCGGGGCUUCCUGAAUGGCCUCUUCCACGAGCUCGCCCUCUACGAGGUGAUGUACUUCUUCAUCUUUAGCCGUGGGCUGUGGCACUCGCCGUCGUGGUUUUACGUGCCGACGUACUCCCCGGUCGACGGCACACCGCGCGUGCCCACGUGGAAGGACCUCCUUUGA